CAUUGGCUUCAGAACUUUCUUGCUCAGAGAUUCCGGUGUCCCGUCAUCAAACUGACUUCAUUGAGGAGCAGCAGAGCUACUUCCGCAUAGUUGUGUUUACAUUCGCGUUUAUUAAGUGGGUGAACUACGGUGCUUUUUUUAAAAAAAUGAAGGACGCCAAAGCACAAAAUAUUACCUCCAUUCCUAUUGACGGCUUUAGUAAUCUACGUAUUACAUCCAUAUGGACCUUUCUUCAGUCGGUUCAGUGGUCAGAAACUUGGCUUAUUGGACUGCUGGUGUUCCAUGUUGUAUGUCUUUGUAUGACAGUGGUGACGUGCAGGUAUUACAGAGCUCAGAUCUGCCAUUUUCUUGUUAUGGUUGGCCUGGUGUUCAGUGCUGAAUAUCUCAAUGAGCUUGCAGCCAAGAACUGGAGGGCCUUUUCAAACUUCCAGUACUUUGAUUCCAAGGGGAUGUUCAUAUCUUUGGUUUAUUCCAUUCCUCUCCUGCCGAAUGCAGUCGUCAUUGUGAUGGUGUGGGUGUACAGAACCAUUUCAACUAUGACUGAACUGAAGACCCUGCAGCUGAAGCGCAAGGCUCGCAGAGAGAAAAGAGAAAAAUCUGAAUGAGCGCCCUCUGUCCUUACGUCUGUAAGCAGGCGUCACUGAGAGAAGCCAACAGUCUCUGUUUGGAGAUGACAGACAUUUGCAUGACUGUAGACAGGAUUGUUCCCUGAUGACUGGACUGAAUGCCUGUUUUUUGUAGCGAUUGUCUGAUGGAUGAUGCAACUGAAAAUGUUGCAUACAAGAAGAUUGGGAAGGACCAAUGGGAUUUUUCUGUUUUGUACUUGAUGAUUUUUUUUUACAUGUGGCGAAGGGAUAAAAACAUUCUUAUGAUUAAAUUCAUGCCGUGGAAGUUUUGAACACUUUGACGAUGUCAGUAGAGGACAUAAUUUUUAUGAGCUGAGGAGAUGAGGGAAAAUAAGAUCACCCUUGGUUUAAAACCUGUUUUCAUUCUAUACCUGUAUUAAACAUUAUGGGGCUCCAAGGAGUACAAGGGUAAAGUAAGUGAGCGAAUGCAGCUGCAUUAUCUCUGGGUUAAAGACUUAACCCUAGAUUUCACAAAAUACAUUUUACUGUUAAUUAAACAAACACAUUUAUCAAAUAAUUAUAAGUUACUGUCAACUCACCAACAAAGAAAGUGAAAAAAUAAAAAAGCCUAGAUGGCUUACAACAUAUUUAAGUUUAUAGAUCUGAUGCAAGGAUUUUAAGGUUUUAGUAGCCUCAAUGAAAGCCAAGUCAGGGAACACAACAUAUAACACAAUCAGUUUUAAAACUACUAAAAUAUUAUAUAAUGUAUAGUCAUAAAUAAAUAGUAUUAAUGUUUGAUAAAUUUCCUUCAAGCUCUGUUUUGCAUAACCCCUUGUCUGACACUAGAGGGCAGUGUGGGUCAAAUUACUUUAUUACAGCGGUUUUAUUAACUCAUCAAAUUGUUGUCAUUACCUUUCCUUGUAAUUUAAUGUUUAAUUCUUACUUUAGCAUUGUGAAUAAACAAGUGCGUGUGUUUUGUUUUAAAAACACAAACAACAA